AUGACUCUUUGCAGAAAUCUUGCCCGAGAACAUGGCCUAACAGAAGUGCCGUAUUGCGGCCGUUCAGCUUGGCAGUCUUGGCUGCUGGUCAUGAGUACGAUCGCUUCGCGUGGUAGCAUCGUGACGGUGGGUAUGUACGGAGGUCGAGAGAACUUUCGGGUUCAUUCACUCCGAGAGCCGGUGUUGAGCCGGCCUGGGGAUCUGGAGAACUUGAUGCGGAACGAGACAACCGACUCAGAGGGCGACUUCACCGUCCUGGGAACAUGCAUAUACCAUUCUCCGUGCUCCAAAGUGAAACUACCGUCAUCGUCUUCAUGGAUCCCAUACGCAUCAUACACCUACCUGCCACGUUCCGAUUGGGAAAGAAUGAAAGCGCAAGUGCAGUUCGCGCGAGCCAGAGAUGGGAUCAUAUCUGCGAGAAGAGGUGUCGGAGAAUACGUAGAGGCUGUCAUCGUCAAACAUGGACUCAUUCGUGCUACUCGCGCAUACCUAUGGCGCUGCAUGAUUUCUUAUAAUGUCAGUGACCGGUCCUCCACAGCCGGAUAUGAGAAGCACGUUAACGUUUCCUGUACCUUAACUCUGGCUGAAGGAUGGAAUCCAAGGAAAGGCGCGCACGUCGAUAAGGAUUUGAUUUGCGAGCGAGAUGACGAACAGAAUUCACCAAUCUCGAGCGAACUGAGCAACCUUCGAUGCCUCGCGACAUGCCCUCAUGACUUUGGAGGUCGAACUUUUCAUUCUCCCUGCCGAGGAUUCCUUUGGGAUGAGGGCGACCACACGCGCCACGACACGAUCACCUGGUCCCAAACGGCGCGCCUCAAUAUUGAUACAAAUUCCUCUGAGAAAAGGGCUGCAGCAUCUCUGGCGAAAUGCGUCGCAUGGCCGCUUGAUGAGCAAGUGGCUUUGAUCCAGCGACAUCGGCUGCGCACUCUGCAAUCCUGCACUGGAGGCUGGCUCGUAAAGAGUGAUGCUCGCGCCAUUCAGGUGAUAUGCUGGUUAGCUGAUACUAUUAGCUGA